CCACCCACCUACCGUCCCUCCCUCCUCGCCCGCACCCACCACCACUUUCCCCAAGUCCACUUCAGCUUCUACUCUCCUCACCCCCCUUUGCUUCCUGCGCAAUCAUCGCGGCUGCCGGAGACCAGCCAGCGCGGAUCCAUGGACGGGGACCUCGUCGCCAGGCUGCUCAUGGGCUCCGCGGGGCUCGACUUCGGCGUGCCCGGCCUAGACGGCGCCUUCUUUGACAACCUCUGCGCCGGCGCCGGCGCCGGCUUCGGUGACCGGGCAACAGGCAUGCCCGGCUUCGGCGGCGGUCCGUUCGGACCGGCAGAGGGCGAGCUCGGCGCCGCGUCGCGCGAGGGGUCCUCGGUCUCCGACCCGGCCUGGGCCUACGGCGGCGCGAAUGCCAAGAAGAGGAAGGGCAAGGAGGCCGCCGCGGCCUGUUUCGCCAAGGUGGGGGAGGGCGCAAAAUCGAUUCUUCGAUUUUCUUUCUACCGCGCAUUAUUAGUUUUGGUUCUAGCGGAACCUGACGCCGGUUUGCAGGUCGGGGAGGAGACGAGGCCGGACUCGAAGAAGUGCAAAAUUGAGGAGGCCGCGGUGAGGCCCAAGGUGGAGGAGGAUGCGGCGGCGGGGGCCAGCGACGGCUCCGCCGGCGGCGAGAGGGGCCGGAAGCAGGCGAAGGGGAAGAGCUCUAGGUCCAAGCAGGCCGCGGCGGCGGCGGAUGAGCCGCCCAGGGACUACGUCCACGUCCGGGCCAGGAGAGGCCAGGCCACUGACAGCCACAGCCUUGCGGAGAGGGUUAGAAGAGAGAAGAUUACCAUCAAGAUGAAAUUCCUCCAGGACCUGGUGCCAGGAUGCAACAAGGUGAUUGGCAAAGCACUCAUGCUCGACGAGAUCAUAAACUACGUGCAGUCGCUGCAGCAGCAAGUCGAGUUCUUGUCCAUGAAGCUUUCCACCGUGAACCCGCAACUCGACUUCAGCACCUUGUCCACCCUCCUACACAAAGAUAUGCAGCAAGCCCUCGGUCCUUCAUCGAGUUCGGGAUUUCCUUUGGAGAGUUCCGGUGGAGUGUUUCCGUUUUGCGACCAAGCAGACCUUUUCCAGUCAUUCAGUUCCGGUGCUAUGGGGAACCAGUGUUCCAUGGGUCUGUUAGACAUGGCUGUGCCCGACGCAGCGCAGUACCCUUUUCAAAAGCAGCAACAGGAUUUCUGGGAGGCGAAUCCCCAAAACUCGUUGCAGUUGGUCCAUGAGCAAAGCCAGGAGAAUGGGGUUUCAGCACCGAAUUUCGAUGGUCAUUUACAAGGAGCAGAUCAUCCAGAGAUCGAGUUCUAGAUGACGAUCACUGAUAAUCACGAAGGCCCAUAUUUUUGUACAGAAGAAGUAUGGCGAGUGCGUGAAGCUCCAAAGCUAACGGUCUCUAGACUCCAGGACUGAAACUGAUUUAUCCAUCAGACGCCGAAUGUACCAAGAGACGGCCCGGGUCGGGGAUGCUAGAAAUUCCUGCUGAACCAACAUCCAACUUUGAUUCUUCCCGUGUUGGCGGAGAUUAUAUGGUCUCGAAAGUAGUAGAUCAUGUACUAGAUAUGGUGACAAUAUUUAGAAUCACCAUCUCUCUUCCAAUAUGUAUAAGAGCCGCUGGCUGGCAUAUACUGGUCUGAUACUAUCUAUUUUGCACUUUGUUUUGA